AUGGUCGGUGUCUUAUCCGCGGCGGUUGCCCUCGUGUUCCUGUGGGCAUCUGUGGUGGGCGGGAUGGAGGACGGCACAUUAGAAAGCCGGUUUGAGUACGAGUACAAGGUACUGCAGAAGCUGAUCAUGCUGGAGAUGGAAAAAACGGAGCUGCGUGGAAUGGUGGCAGCCCUUAAAACUAGACUGGAAGAGGCCGAAACUGUCAUACAUGCUCUGAAUGCGACGGUUCGAAACGUUGCAACCGGAAGUACGUAUAUAAGAUGGGGAAGGAAAACUUGUCCAACCGAAACUGGUGCUCGGCCGCUGUAUGACGGGUACGCUGGAGGCACAUUGUACAGUCAUACCGGGGGAGGCAACACUUAUCUAUGUUUGCCGCGGGAUCCGGUGUUAAACGAUAUUCAAGGGGGAGAGAGAAGCGGCAUUUACGGAGCUAAAUAUCACACGUCUGGAACGAUUUGGAGCGAAAGGUAUAACGGAGAGGUGCCCUCUGUUAUAUGCAUCAAAACGAACACCAACGUCGUUAUGGUCCCUGCGAAGAACGUUUGUCAUCCGGGUUGGACAUUAGACUACGCGGGCUAUCUCAUGGCGGAGACGUCUGUUCACAAUGCCAAAAUCUAUGUGUGUAUGGAUGGUGAACCCGACGGUUUAGACUGA